UUAGGCUGGAAAAAUCCCCAAAACCCUUACAAAGAACCAAAAAACAGCUGCAGCUUUACUAAAGUCGAUGCUGAUUUUCUCAACGGAAAGUUAAACCAAAUCGCAUUUAAAGAACGAAAUCAGGACUGAAUCAGGCCAGAAUCAAUGAUCAGACACAGCCCACAUGGAUUCAUCAGCAAAUUCUUGUACUUUGAUCCUAUGUUUUGUUCUGAUGCUACAAUCUGUCAACACCCUUAUCAUAGAUGGCCAUCAUAAGUUAAUAUACAACCAGUGUUCAAACCAGUCGACUUCCUUAAAUAAUGCUCAUUCGUCGUUACUCUCCACGCUGUUUCAAGAAUUUAUAGCUCAGUCCUCACAAUCCAGGUUCUUUGAAACCAUCGUAGCUGAUGAUGAGACUGCGAUUUCAGGCAGGUUUCAGUGCAGGAACGAUUUAAGCCCGGACGAGUGCAGAAGCUGCGUGGGGAAUUUCCAGGUUCUGUCAGAAGAUCUGUGCGGGAAAAAUUUACCGGCAAGAAUCCAGCUUUCUGGCUGCUAUGUUCAUUAUCAGGAGGAGGACAUGGCGGAGGUGGAUCCCGGGCCUGAUCGAAUUCUCCAUCAGGCCUGCAGCAAACAUAGAGUUAAGAAAACUGGAUUUGAGGAGAUGAAAUAUGCAGCACUUGCAGCCCUGGAAAGCUGUGUUGUGAGCGGGAAUGGAUUCUGCGAGACGACAUACGAAGCAAUCCACGUCGUGGGGCAGUGUGCAGGGAAUUUGCGGGCCUGUGACUGUGGCGCAUGCGUUGAAAGUGCAGCCCGGAUUGCUGAGGAUGAAUGCAGAUAUACAGUUUCAGGAGAAAUAUAUCUGGAUAGCUGCUUUGUCAGCUAUGAAUACAACGGAGGUCAUGGCUUUGGGAGUUACUCUUUUGAAGACGACGGUAUUAGAGACGGUUCUCCUAAGUUUGUCGCCAUAUUCAUUGGCGGGUUAGCUGCACUACUAUUGGGACUUGGCUUGUGUUAUUUUGCAAGGUCAUGUAGGAAGAAAAAUGAGGAUUGGUGAAAUGAGUUGGGUCCUGUUCUGUGAUAUUGGGGGAUGGAAAUAGCACCAAUUUUAUUUAUUUGUGAACUUGUAAUGCCAUAUUUGAUCUUACUGUUGUCAAUAAUAUAAAACAUUUUAUUUUAUUAUAUUUUUGAGGGGAAAACUAAGAUAUCAAUUAACAAAGUCAGCAAGAACAACAUCAUCCAGACCAGGGGGUAAAGAGGAAUUAAGCAUUCCCUUCCUGCUUCAACAUACUGAACUAAGAGAUCUGCUGCUGAAUUACCAGACCUCAGCACCAAAGAAAACGAAACAGAUUCCAAUAGAAGAAGAGAGCUUUUGCAAGAGCGUGCACUGAAUAAAAUGAA